AUGGUCCUCCGGCACAUCAGCGAAGAUAUGAAGCAGAGGGCAAUCUGGCUCCUAGACCACGAUCUGACUAUUGAACAAGUCGGAGCUAUUCUAGCAGUUUCCGAGAGCAGUAUUUACCGCUGGAAAGGCAACUUGGAAAUACAUAAUUCCGUCAUUGCCCCU